UACAGCAGAUCCCCAACUCCGCCGCCGGCCACCCCGACGAUGGCGCCGCCGCAGCAAGCACCACCGCCGGAGACGCCGAUCUUCCGAACCCCAGACGAGCUCCUCCACGACAUCUUCCUCCGCCUCCCCGCUGCCGCCGACCUGGCCCGCGCCUCCGCGGCGUGCCCCUCCUUCCGCCGUCUCAUCGCCGACCACGCCUUCCUCCGCCGCUACCGCGCCCUCCACCCGCCGCCUCUCAUCGGCGUGGUCCGCGACGGCACCUUCAUCCAGGCCCAGCCACCGCACCCCUCCGCCGUCGCCGCCCGCGCCUUUGCCGGCUUCGACUUCUCCUGCUCCUCCUUCCUCCCCUCCACCGCCGGCCGUACCUGGAGGCCGAUUGACUUCUUCGACGGACGCGCCCUCAUCGCCGGCGCCCCAGUCCAGGAAGAAAACAGCGUUCUUGGUGGGCGCCACUUCCGGUACCACAAUUUUUUGGUCAGGGACCUCGCCGUGUGCGACCCCGUGCACCGCCGCUACACCCUGCUGCCGGCCGUCCCCGGCGACCUGAAAGCGCUGGUCCGUGAAAAUGAGCUUUUUGAGCUGGAGACUUUCCUUGCUCCGGGUGAUGAUGAUGAGGAGGACCCUUUAUCAUUCAGGGUGAUGUGCUUGGUGCAAUGCAGAAUGAAUAUUCUGCUUGUCUUCUCCUCCUCGGAUGGGCAGUGGCGUUCUCUUCCAUUUUACCAAUGGAGAGCUCCUGAGGAUGAGCUGUUUGAUCUGCCGCCCGCUGAGGAUGGGCUGUUUACUCGUCAGUUUGUCCACGGACGCUUCAGUUGGCGUCUGCUCUUCCUGAACAAGUUGGUCCUGCUUGAUCCACGCACCAUGGAGUCCUCUGCUCUCAACCUCCCACCUCAACUAGAAUGGAGUAGCAGAUUUGUCAUUGUCGAGGCGGCACAAGGAAUGUUCGGAAUGCUGCGUAAAGUCCAAGACAGGUGCAGCAAAGAUGACGACACGUAUUUGCUCACGUAUUCUUCUCUGAGGAACAACAAAUGGCACUUGGAGAAGGUCAUCCCGUUGCCGGUAAAGGGUGCUGCUCUGCUUUGGGCAGGCGCGGGAUACCUGUUCAUAGGAGCCCGGACGUACACCAGAUCUUCACAUGAGAAGCCCAAGUUUGAGUUACUUUCGGUGGACGUCAAGACAUUGCAGAUCGAGUUGUUCGCGGAGCUAAGUGAAGCCACCUUACCUGGUCAACUAUAUGUUGGCUUUCCACCAUCAUUGUGUGCGCCAACUAUAUGAAGCGGCUUGUAUUCCUAGUGGUGCUCUGAUCAUAUGGAAUGCUCAUGCUGUUUCAUCUAUCAACAGAUGGUGAUGCCAUGUGGUCUAGGAAGAAGAGUUGGUUCGUCUGAGCGUGUUGUGGUCGAGGAAGAGAAGGUGAUGCGUGGAUCCGAUGUAUUCGAAAGUGAUGUGUGGGUUGGAUGUGUUUGCUUGUUCAAUGCCGAUGCCGUGUCGGAAGCUAUAAUGCGUGUGUGCGUUACACAUAUAUUAUUUCCCCCCAGUUACAGCAUUUGAAGCGUAUUUCAAUCUCUGAACUUUUAGUUGCUGGCCAUUCCCAAACCACUGAAUCUCUGAACACUUCUGUUACUGCAAUGCGAUAUUAUUGUCUAAAAAAGUAGGAGUGUGCUGCUUAAA